AGCGAGACGGACCCAUCGGUGCAAACCGUGACGCUUAUCGGCUCGUGGGACAACUUUUCACAGCACUACGCCAUGGAGCGUGAUGUCCGGCGCGACCAGGGUCAAUGGCGAGGCUGCCACGCUCUGCAGAAGCAGCCAAAUGAAGCCGGCUUUGCCGCCAACAAGCGGAGUGGAGGAGGACCGCUUCGGAUGGGUCAGACGUACCACUAUUAUUACGAGGUCAAUGGCACUCAAGAGACCCAUGACCCCAGACAGCCGACAACUACAACAUGCCCUUCCCUCCCAGGCCAGAUCGUAAAUACCCUCGAGGUUCCCACCGAGCACUCGCUGCGAUUUCGAAGCUGUUCCAUGAACAAUCUCCGCCAGUCCGACUACAAGACCAUCAACCCUAAACACAAGUUCAAGACACCAAUGCCACCUCAACCAUCGACUGUGGCCGCCGCCGCCCCAGACGUUCGUGUGGGCUCGGCUCCGGCCAUCCAACUCAUGCGCAAGAGGUCGGCGCGCUCGCUUUCACCCAGUCCCAAGUGGACUGCUUCGGCUCGUAAGAUAUUCGGCACCAUCCGACCAUCCAGCCGUGAAGGCAACGGCUCGGCACGUACACUGGCCGACUGGGACGCCGAUGUGUCGACACUUGGGCCGGCUGCUUCUCCGGAAAGAGCGCGCAGCGUCACGCCCUCGGGCAGCACCCGGUCUCGUGAUAUUUCGCCUGAUUCUCUGCGAAGAUUCCUGCUUGGGGAGGACAUCCCGACUGCCGCACCUGCCGAGCUUAGCAAGCCCGUGGUGUGGAACCACGACGACAUGAUCGAGGACAACGACGAUGAUGACAACUUUGCCACUCUCACUACUUCCCCUACUCUGGACAACAUGCCCUUCACGACGCUGUCGCCCCCUUCCUUCAUGCGCAGCACCUCGACGCAA